AUGCCAAGACUGUCAUGGAUACUACGUGAAAGAUGGCAGAAAAUGCCAAGAAUGUCAUGGACAAUACGCAACUCUGACACUAUCAGUACGGCAGGCAACUCUGACACUAUCAGUACGGCAGGCAACUCUGACACUAUCAGUACGGCAGGCAACUCUGACACUAUCAGUACGGCAGGCAACUCUGACACUAUCAGUACGGCAGGCAACUCUGACACUAUCAGUACGGCAGGCAACUCUGACACUAUCAGUACGACAGGCAACUCUGACACUGUCAGUACGGCAGGCAACUCUGACACUAUCAGUACGGCAGGCAACUCUGACACUAUCAGUACGGCAGGCAGCUCUGACACUAUCAGUACGGCAGGCAACUCUGACACUAUCAGUACGGCAGGCAACUCUGACACUAUCAGUACGGCAGGCAACUCUGACACUAUCAGCACGGCAGGCAACUCUGACACUAUCAGUACGGCAGGCAGCUCUGACACUAUCAGCACGGCAGGCAACUCUGACACUAUCAUUACGGCAGGCAACUCUGACACUAUCAGCACGGCAGGCAACUCUGACACUAUCAGCACGGCAGGCAACUCUGACACUAUCAGCACGGCAGGCAACUCUGACACUAUCAGUACGGCAGGCAACUCUGACACUAUCAGUACGGCAGGCAACUCUGACACUAUCCGUACGGCAGGCAACUCUGACACUAUCAGUACGGCAGGCAGCUCUGACACUAUCAGCAGCUCUGACACUAUCAGUACGGCAGGCAACUCUGACACUAUCAGUACGGCAAGCAACUCUGACACUAUCAGUACGGCAGGCAACUCUGACACUAUCAGUACGGCAGGAAACUCUGACACUAUCAGUACGACAGGCAACUCUGACACUGUCAGUACGGCAGGCAACUCUGACACUUUCAGUACGACAGGCAACUCUGACACUGUCAGUACGGCAGGCAACUCUGACACUUUCAGUACGGCAGGCAGCUCUGACACUAUCAGUACGGCAGGCAACUCUGACACUAUCAGCACGGCAGGCAACUCUGACACUAUCAGCACAGCAGGCAACUCUGACACUAUCAGCACGGCAGGCAACUCUGACACUAUCAGUACGGCAGGCAACUCUGACACUAUCAGUACGGCAGGCAACUCUGACACUAUCCGUACGGCAGGCAACUCUGACACUAUCAGUACGGCAGGCAACUCUGACACUAUCAGUACGGCAGGCAGCUCUGACACUAUCAGUACGGCAGGCAGCUCUGACACUAUCAGUACGGCAGGCAGCUCUGACACUAUCAGUACGGCAGGCAACUCUGACACUAUCAGUACGGCAGGCAACUCUGACACUAUCAGUACGGCAGGCAACUCUAACACUAUCAGUACGGCAGGCAACUCUGACACUAUCAGUGCGGCAGGCAACUCUGACACUAUCAGUACGGCAGGCAGCUCUGACACUAUCAGUACGGCAGGCAACUCUGACACUAUCAGUACGGCAGGCAGCUCUGACACUAUCAGUACGGCAGGCAACUCUGACACUAUCAGUACGGCAGGCAACUCUGACACUAUCAGUACGGCAGGCAGCUCUGACACUAUCAGUACGGCAGGCAACUCUGACACUAUCAGUACGGCAGGCAACUCUGACACUAUCAGUACGGCAGGCAACCCUGACACUAUCAGUACGGCAGGCAACUCUGACACUAUCAGUACGGCAGGCAACUCUGACACUAUCAGUGCGGCAGGCAACUCUGACACUAUCAGUGCGGCAGGCAACUCUGACACUAUCAGUGCGGCAGGCAACUCUGACACUAUCAGUGCGGCAGGCAACUCUGACACUAUCAGUGCGGCAGGCAACUCUGACACUAUCAGUGCGGCAGGCAACUCUGACACUAUCAGUGCGGCAGGCAGCUCUGACACUAUCAGUGCGGCAGGCAACUCUGACACUAUCAGUACGGCAGGCAGCUCUGACACUAUCAGUACGGCAGGCAACUCUGACACUAUCAGUACGGCAGGCAACUCUGACACUAUCAGUACGGCAGGCAACUCUGACACUAUCAGUACGGCAGGCAACUCUGACACUAUCAGUACGGCAGGCAACUCUGACACUAUCAGUACGGCAGGCAACUCUGACACUAUCAGUACGGCAGAAAACUCUGACACUAUCAGUACGGCAGGCAACUCUGACACUAUCA